CGUGAUUUCCAGGAACUUUGAACUUCACACAAAAUUUCAGUGUUUCGGGAAAACAGGAAGAGACGCGGACCUGCUGCGAAACGCCGGAGCAAAUCUAGCUUAAAAAAAGAAAACUAAACAAGAAAACGAUAAAAAAAUAAUAAUAAAAAACGAAAACAGGAUUAAGACCCCUGCUGCUCCGCCGCUGGGUAACAGGUGUCGCUGUUGGCGGAGGGCGUUUCGCAGCUCUGCGGCGCUUUGCGAGCUCAUCUGUCCGCAUCACCCGCGGCCAAAAUGUCCCUGCGCUACCGCGACAGAGUGGUCAUCGUCACCGGGGGGUCCAAAGGGAUCGGCCGGGGGAUCGUCAGGGUCUUCGUGGAAAACGGUGCCAGCGUGGUGUUUUGCGCGAGAGGAGGCGCAGCGGGCGAGGCUCUGGAGGCGGAGCUCAACAAGGCGGGACCGGGCUCCUGCACCUUCGUCUCGUGUGACAUCUCCAAGGAGGACGACAUCAAGAGACUGAUUGCAGUCACGGUGGAGCGUCACGGACACAUCGACUGCCUGGUCAACAACGCAGGGUGGCACCCGCCUCAUAAACCCACUGACGACACCACAGCAGAGGAGUUCAGAGAUCUGCUGAAUCUGAACCUCGUCAGCUACUUCUUGGCUUCAAAAUAUGCGCUGCCCUACCUGCGGCGGCGUCGGGGCAACAUCGUCAAUGUCUCCAGCCUGGUGGGCACCAUCGGGCAGAGGGACGCUGCGCCGUACGUCGCCACCAAGGGGGCGAUCGUUUCCAUGACCAAGGCGAUGGCCGUGGACGAGAGUCGCCACAACGUGAGAGUCAACUGCAUCUCUCCCGGUAAUGUCCUGACGCCUCUGUGGGAGGAACUAGCGGCACAGACCCCAGAUGCCGCCGCGGCCAUUAAAGCGGGGGAAAAUGCUCAGGCACUCCGUGGACGACUCGUUCAGGCCCUCCCCUUUUCCAUUGGCUCCCUGCGGUCUGCCAGCUCCUUUAAGGUGGCGGAUAUCGGCAUCGAACGCAACACGGCAUGCAAGCCGAAGCCCGACCCCUCGUCCCUGGUGUUCGGCAAGCAGUUCUCCGACCACAUGCUGACCAUCGACUGGUCGGACCGGGACGGCUGGGAGGCCCCUCAGAUCAAACCCUUCCAGAACCUGUCGCUGCACCCGGCCACCUCCGCCCUGCACUACUCCAUAGAGCUGUUCGAAGGCAUGAAGGCUUUCCGUGGCGUCGACAACCACAUCCGUCUGUUCAGACCCAUGCUGAACAUGGAGCGGAUGCAUCGGAGCGCCGACAGAAGCUGCCUCCCCUUGUUUGAUAAAGGUGAACUGCUGGAGUGCAUCAGGAAGCUGGUGGAGAUCGACCGGGAGUGGGUCCCCUACUCCCAGGACGCCAGCCUCUACAUCAGACCCACCUUCAUAGGCGUUGAGCCGUCUCUGGGCGUGUCUCGGCCAGGAAAGGCUAUGAUCUUUGUCAUCAUCGGCCCGGUGGGACCCUACUUUGCCACAGGGUCCUUUAACCCCGUUUCCCUGCUGGCCGACCCUUCGUUCGUCCGAGCCUGGAAAGGAGGCGUCGGGGCUUAUAAGAUGGGAGGCAACUACGGUCCCACGAUAAUGGUGCAGAACGAGGCGGUGAAGCGAGGCUGUCAGCAGGUCCUGUGGCUGUACGGAGAGCAGGAGGAGAUCACCGAGGUCGGCACCAUGAACCUCUUCAUCUACUGGACCAAUGAGCAAGGAGAGAGAGAGUUGGUGACGCCUCCUCUGGACGGCAUCAUUCUCCCCGGAGUCACCAGACAGUCUCUGCUGGACCUCGCCAGAGCCUGGGGUGAGUUUAAGGUGACAGAGCGCACGAUGGGCAUGAAGGAGCUGCUCGGGGCUCUGGACGCCGGAAGGAUCCUGGAGAUGUUUGGAGCGGGGACGGCCUGUGUGGUCUGUCCGGUCGGCAGCCUCCUCUACAAAGGAAAGACGUAUCAGAUCCCGACUAUGGAGAAUGGUCCAGAUCUGGCAAAGAGGUUCCACAAAGAGCUUACUGAUAUUCAGUAUGGACGCAAACCAAGCGACUGGGCGCCACUCGUCGUCUAAACGGCCAUUUUGCACAUGCCACUUCUACCAACAGUUAGUCCCACAAUUCCUGUUUGGACGACCUGCCCCCCCCCCCCAAAAAAAAAAAAAGAAAAUAGUAAUAAUAACAUUGAUGCACUCCCACUUUCUUAACCAACCCAAGGAGACGGACGGUCUUCCCGGCCAACUUUUACAGAUGAUCCUCUUCUCUACAGACUCUCAUAGGAAUACGGUUGGUGGUUUUAGGGUAACAGCUGGUUCAGGAAAGCAGUGUUAACAACCACAGGCGAGGUUUUGACUUGACACAAGCCUUGACCUCGAGGUGCAUGUACUGCAAAGCAGGAAAAACAGCUGUUAUUUGGAGGGAAAGACAAAACAAAACAAAACAGGCAAACGAUAAACGAUCAAAACAAGGAUGAGGUGCGCCCCCCACUGGCACCAGGGCAUCACAUCUUCUGUUGCUCAGAGUUAAGAGCACAAACCUUCAUCAUCAUCAUCGACAUUGAAUUCUGGUCUUAAAAUAGGCACAAACGGACCCACCUCAGGCAUCGGAGGUGAAAAUACCUGCAGUACUGAAGCAGCUACGUAUUCGGCGUGUGGGACUUAGCAUUAGGCCGCUUGUCCCGAGGACUGUCUCUCGUCAACAAAUGUACACAAGUGUGUGUUUCGCCGCAGAAAAAUACUUUUCCUAAUGAUAACCUGUACGACUUGGGGUUUUCCCUGGAACUUUUUAACAUGUUGAGUAGCCGAAAAUCGCCGAAACGUGAUCAAUGCGUGUAAAAACGCGUCGCAGAGCGGCGUGUUCGUAACCACGUGAGAGAGUGUCGCCGCAGUCCUCGCGGGGCCACGUCACUUUUGAUGCCAGAGUUUGCGCGGACCGUGGUUGACGUCCGUCGUGUAGCUGAGCCCGACCCAGUUUUUUUUUUUUAAAUGUCUGUUGAGAUUUAAAAAAAAAAAAAAAAAAAGGGGGGGGGGCGAUGUCCAAGUGAACUUUAGCACAGACCAACAAACGGUAGGAUGACGAAGGUCCUGGACGGGAAGGCCUGUUAGAAGCUAGCAGUUCCUCCUGCAGCAGUUAAUGUGUAAUCCCUGCGAAUAGUUAAAGAAAAAUAGGUUGCGUUGAUGUUUUUAGAGGUUUUUAAAAUUUCUUUUUUUCCUUGUCUGGAUGUGAAACUAGAGGUCGACUGUCUUCCAAAGUACUUGUCUGCGUGUGUCUCCCUUGUUUUGUUUGUUUUUUUUCGCUGUACUCUCGGCUUCCUGUCCCUCCCCUCGCUGGCUGUCCUCCACCCGGAAACCGCACACCUGUCCCUCUCGUCUGUCUCAAGUGCCUGACCUCAGUCUGUUAGCUCCUCGCUGUCAGCUGCGCUCUUGUUUUUACCAGUUUGUGCACUAGAGGGGGGAUUUAGCCGGAUCCUUUUAAGCAAAUGUCGGUUUAGUUUUUCUUGUUUUCAUUUUUGUUUUUUUUUAAAUGUGCUGUUGAUUUUACUCUGCUGUUAUGUUUUUACAAUAAACCUGAUCUGAGUUGA